UUGUGGGUGUUUUUGUGCAUCGCCGGUAGGGGCAACUGCAGUAGCAGUGCCACGUCUCGCCCUCAGUUUGUUUGCCUGGGAUCCCAUCCCAUCUCAGUGUUUGAUCCUAUCAGCAGUUAUCUAGCGCGUGCAUAGCAACAAAACCUCCACUUCCCCUGUUUUUGGAAGGUACCCUGGGAGUUGCGUCAGCUGUGCCGCUGACGUCGGCCAGCGAAAGAUCGCGAUUAGGGGGCCAUCAUAAAUAGAAGGGCAGACAGGGCUCGUAAUCAUGUACUGCCGAGUGCAGCAGUACGACACCGAUCAUCGGAUCAGGCCGGUGGAUCAGCAGGAAGAAGCCGAGGAGGAAGAGGACGAUGAGGUGCUGGGUGAGGUGAGUGAGUUCCUGGACGUGAUCGAGGUACCAGCGCAGCAGCAGCAGCAGCAGCAGCAGCAGCACCGGACAGCACUGCCAUCAACCCAACACCACCGCACACUGUUAUCACCGGAUGGUGGCGACGAGGCUGCCGGUUACUACUACUCAUACGGCUACGGCGCUGCCCACUAUCACUACAAACCCAACCACUACCUCCAUCAACAACUGCAGCAGCACAACAGCGACUACUACUACUGCGUGAAUCGAUCACAGCAGCAGCAGCAGCAGCAGCAGCAGCAACCGCUCUACCUUCAAAACUAUAGCCAGCCAUCAGACAACGCAGACGACGAGAUGGAUGAGCGGGAAAGCAUCUACCUGGAUGCGGUCUCGGUUAGCUCGAACCGGCCACAGCAGCAACAGCAGGAGCAGGAGCAGCAGCAGCAGCCGGGCCGCAACUCACUCUACCUGUCGCGCCAAACCGUGUACCAUUCGGCCGAGGAUGUCCGGUUCGGUUCGGUCGACUCGGGCGGUGACUCGGGCCGGACCCUCACCGGGAGCGCCACCGGUGACAGCCUGCGCACCACCACCGAUGCGCUCCUGCAGGACUCCCGUGCCAACGGUGGCCUCGCGAACCAACCGUACGUGGCGCGGCCCCCGAAACCACCGAGCGCGGCCAAAGCCUUCAUCGGCGGUAUCCUGAAGCCGGUGCUGAGCACCGAGUACAACGAAAAGGUGCCUAGCACUACUAGCUACACUCCUUUCUUCCGUGCCAACCGACCGCACGCCAGUCACAGCAACCACGAUCAUGCCAACCACUUUCCCACUACCGGGGGUAGUAGUGUUAGUGGUAGGGGGAGUAAUAAUCGUGCUGCUGUUACUACUACUACUACUACCACUACCACUACCACUACCACUACUCCUAGUACCGAUACGCUAAUCGUUAGCUAUGCGAUGUGGAAGUUCAGGACAUGGAAGUACUUCCAGGAUCAGAAGCGCGUCGUCGACUUUGUGCUGGCGUACAAUGGCGAGGAGGAGGAGGAGGAGAACUCGAUCGCGCACGCCAAGCGCAUGGUGUACCAGCGGAACCUCGAGCGGGAGGGCCUACAGAUUGAGACGGAGUGCUGCCAGCGGAUACACUUCGUGAAGAUCCACGUCCCGGCGCAGGUACUGUCGCACUACUGCGAGAUCAUGAAGAUGCAGAUGCCGAUGAAGAAGCUGGCGAACCAGGACAAGAUCAUAAUGCGCGACUUUAGCAUCCAGAGCACGCUGGUGAAGCUGUUCCGCCGGCCGAUGUUCAACUUUGUCAUCAUCGACCGGAGUAUCUUUGCGCCACCCGAGUACCGGUUGCUGUACGAGUAUUCGCGCGAUAAACCGUACCUGUUCAACGACGGGGAGCCGAACUUUUUCACGCCCAGCCUCCGGAUUGCGGUGGCGAACUUUAUCCUGGAGCGGGCGUACUUCAGCAACAACCUGGACGACAAGAAGGACAUCGGGAUACGGCGGUUGGUGGAGGAUCAGGUGUACCUGGACGCGUACCCGCUGCACGACGGUUGCACCGACGUAAAGUCGAGCUGCCAGCGGGCCCUGCUGCUGCAGGAGUGGGCCUCGAUCCGGAAGUGGAUCAAGCAUCAGCCGCUCGAUCACAUCAAGGAGUACUUUGGGGUGAAGAUUGCCAUGUACUUCGCGUGGCUCGGCUUCUACACGCACAUGCUGAUACCGGCGUCGGUCGUCGGGUUGAUCUGUUUCCUGUACGGGCUGCUCACGUACCGGGACAAUCGGAUUAGCCGGGAGAUUUGCAGCGACAACAACACGAUCAUGUGCCCGCAGUGUGACGAACACUGUGACUACUGGUAUCUGAACAGCACCUGUACCAUCUCGAAGCUGGCGCACAUUUUCGACAACGAGAUGACGAUCUUCUUCUCCAUCUUCAUGUCGAUCUGGGCAACCCUCUACCUGGAGAUGUGGAAGCGCUACUCGUCCAAGAUUCAGCACCGCUGGGGCAUUACCGAGUACUGCUCGCUGGCGGAACCACCCCGACCGCAGUAUCUAGCCCGACUGAAGAACAUCAAAAAGACAAUGUUCAACAUUGCGACCGGUGCCCAGGAACCGUCACCACCGUUCUGGACGAAAAAGUUCCCCAGCUUUCUCUACAGCUACUCUGUGAUCUUCCUAUUUAUUUUACUGACCAUCGCGGCCGUGUUCGGCAUCGUCGUGUACCGGAUGUCGCUGAUGACCUCGCGUAACAUCUACGGUGACCAUGGGUCAGUGUCGGGGAAGCUGAUCAUCUUUCCCGCCACCACCGCCGUCAUCAAUCUGCUCGUCUCGACCAUCCUCACCUACGCGUACCAUUACGUGGCGGUGUACAUGACGAACGUCGAGUACCGGCGCACGCAAACCGAGUACAACGAAAGUUUGAACCUGAAGAUCUACCUGUUUGAGUUCGUCAACUACUACAGCUCGAUCUUCUACAUUGCGUUCGUGAAGGGCAAGUUCCCGGGCUACCCGGCCAAGUACAACCGGAUACUGCACCUGCGGCAGGAAGAGUGUAGCCCGGGCGGUUGCCUGAUGGAGCUGUGCAUCCAGCUCGCCAUCAUCAUGGUGGGCAAGCAGGCGAUCGGUGCGGUCACGGAGAUCGUUAUCCCGUGGGCGAUCCAGAAGUUUAAGGAGUUCCGGAGCGUGCUCGGUAUCGAGGCGGAGGGUGGGGACAAUGAUGAGCGGUUGAUUUGCUGCAACCAGUGGACGAAGGACUUUAACCUGAUCAACUGGAACGAUCGGAGCCUGUUCAAUGAGUACUUAAAGAUGGUUAUUCAGUACGGGUUCAUCACGAUCUUUGUGGUCGCCUUUCCACUGGGCCCAUUCUUCGCCCUCCUCAACAACGUGGUGGAGACGCGGCUGGACGCGAAAAAGUUCCUCCUUUACUACAAACGUGCGGUACCGCAGCGUGUGCGUGAUCUGGGCAUCUGGUACAACAUCAUGCACGUCGUCGGGAAGGUGGCCGUCAUUUCUAGUGCCUUUAUCAUUGCCUUUUCCUCCAACUUUAUACCUCGGCUGAUGUACAUGCACGUGGUAAACCCGGACCACACGGACGAAGGGUUCGUCAACCAUACGCUCGCCUACUUCAACGUGGCCGACUUCGAGGAACACGUUGCCCCGCUGAGCAGUGCCUACACGAACGUCACCACCUGCCGGUACUCGGAGUACCGGAAUCCGCCCGAUCACGAGAGCCCGUACAAGCGGCCCGCCAUCUACUGGCACAUACUCGCGAUCCGGCUGACGUUCGUCGUCAUCUACCAGAAUCUGGUCAGCUUCGUGCAGAUUGUGGUGGCGUGGGCGAUCCCGGACGUUCCCGGUCGGCUGCAGGAUCAGAUCAAGCGCGAGCAGUACCUGACGAACGAGUACAUUAUCGAGCAGGAGAAGCUAAAGAUGCAGCGUAGUGCUGCCGGUGGUGGUGGUGGUGGUGGUGGUAGCGAGGUGACCGCACCACCGUACCCCCAGAACGGUUACCUCCCGUCGGAGGAGGACAGUAGUUUGCCGCCCGAGGAGAAACUAAACCACCAACGGGAACGGGAACGGGGACGGGGUGGACACGAGACGGACGAUGGGUACCUGCACCAGCCGCUCGAGGAUGAUUUCGAUUCGUUCCAGGAGUGUGGCAUCGUGACAUCGCGCGUAUAGCGCGAUUCUGGCUCGCGAAAAACCGAAACUUCCCAAUCGAUACUCCCGAUCGAUUAUCCCUCGCCCCCCCCCCCCCCCCCCACCCUCCAAUCUGGGGCGAAGGGAGGGUCCGUCGGAGUCGGGCCACUUCGCUGGCGAAGGCGACCUGGAUGAGGGCGGUGACCGGUAAACCUGCUCCUCCUUCCUUUUUGUUUUGUUUUUAUUUUUUUUUGGUGGGUUAUGGGUUUCGGUCAUCAUCUACAUUUUUUUCUAUUAACCGUUGGCGUAUUAGUGGCGCUUUUAGGCGCGAUAUGCCUUACUGACAAACUCGAAUCAAUACCCUAUUCAAUCUCUCUCUCUCCCUCUCUCUCCUCUCUCUGUGUGUCCUUCGAACAACGACAGUAAUUUGUUGGAGAAUGCCUGAGCUCCAUCGUCCUCCAAGGUCCGCGGUUCCGGACCUUCCCGGGGAAGAAAGGGUAGAUAGGAAAAUGGUGGUCUGGUUGGCGGGCCUCGACCGAGCAGACAGUGCAAUGCGAUUGCGAAAUGGAUUGGCAAAGGGACAGGGAAGGCUCGGGAUAGUGGGCCUCGGGCGGUCUUUAAAAGAUCCCGGUGAAGUCAUCUCGAACAAAAUGUGUUUUUUUUUAUUUGUUUAGCAAAAUAAAGAGAAAGUAUGACAGGCUA